UUGUGGAUGUGAGAAUCGUGUUUGUGAUUUUGAAGAGAAAAAAAUUGGGGCUAAACUAUCUUUAGUAACUUGUAAUCAAAGUUAUAAGACCAAGUGAAAUAGUGCUUGUAUUAUUCGUUAUUUCACUGAAAUACAAUAUAUAUUUUCAUGCAUUAUUUUCGAAGAAAAAUAUCCGUUUUCAUGGUGACCUCUAUGUCCGAUUUUAUAGCCUGUUGUCUCCUUUUCAUAUGCAUUCAUGGUCACUAUAUUUGAUUAAAUAUCACAUAUUAAAAUGGACCAUCAACCAUUUGACAAUUAAUCAUUUGCUCAUGCACAAGCUAAACAUAGGGAUCUUCUUGGAUUUUAUGAGAUACGGGUUUAGGAUUAAUGGAUAUGUGCGAGAUACGAUACCAACAUAUACCAUUCGUACUUUUCAUUUUUGUUCUUCUAUCUUACCAGUGAAUACUGCUAACAUUUUUAAUUGGAUAUGACAGUAAAUUAGAAGUCAAUAAGAACAUGAGACUUCACUCACUCCAAAUUUCAUGACUUUUUUCACUACCUAUUAAGAUAGUACCAUUAAUUCAAAAUAGACAAAUGGCAAUAUUAUCACUUCGGAUGCAGAUUUGACUACAUAAACUUCAAUACAAUUAUUAAUUUAUUAUGUUCACUUAGUAGAUAUAUGAACAUUUGGAAAGAUUUUAAAAGAUAUUACAACAAACAAGUAAAAAAGAAAUGGUACUGUCACUCCACAUUUCAUGAUUUUUAACAAUCUAUAAACAUCAGGUUUGCCAAAAAAAAAAAAAAAAAACAAUCUAUAAACAUCUUACCAUUAUAUUCAAAAUACAAAGAUGGGCAAUGUUAUCACUUCUCAGGGUGCAGAUUGACUACACCAAUAAUUUGGAAAGAAUUUCAAAGAUAUUACAAUAGUCAAAUCUAUUUCUACCUAUAUAUACCCACCCAUAUUGUUCAUUUAUUCCCAUCAAUUAAAGCUAAAGUAAAAACAAUAUCAUUAAAGAGGUAUAAUAAUCAUGAAAUUGCUAGAAAAAAUGACAUAUGUAGAAUGUUUUAUGAUAAUAAUGGCGACUUGGUUCAUGUUCAUAAGUUAUGGUCAUGGAGCCGAUGUAGCCGAACCACCCAUGAUUGAUGAUGUAGCCGCUUCACCUGGAACCAACGGACUCGAUACUGCUUGGUAUGAUGCACGAGCCACAUAUUAUGGUGAUAUCCAUGGUAUAGGCACUGAACAGGGAGCUUGUGGAUACGGUGAUCCAAACAAACAUGGAUAUGGUCUAGCCACAGCGGCAUUGAGCACGGCGCUAUUCAACAACGGGGCCACAUGUGGGGCUUGUUACGAGAUCAUGUGCGCUCCUAAUCCACAAGGGUGUUUGUCUGGAUCCAUCAAGAUCACAGCAACAAAUUUAUGUCCACCAGAUUCCACUUGGUGCAACCUACCAAAUAAACACUUUGAUCUCUCCUUACCAAUGUUCAUCAAGAUCGCCCAGGUCAAAGCCGGGAUCGUCCCGAUUAGAUAUAGACGUGUUCCUUGUGCAAAAACCGGUGGUGUCAAGUUUGAAGUUAAAGGAAACCCUAGUUUCCUAACGAUCUUACCGUACAAUGUAGGAGGAGCCGGAGAUAUUAAAGCCGUGUAUGUUAAGGGAAGCAAAACCGGGUGGAUAGCAAUGAGCAGAAACUGGGGACAAAACUGGACCACUAAUGUUAAUCUAGCCGGUCAGAGUGUAUCAUUGAGGGUUACAACGAGUGAUGAGGUUACAAAAGAUUUUACUGAUGUGAUGCCACAAAGUUGGGGAUUUGGGCAGACUUUUGAUGGAAAGACUAACUUUUAAGAAAAAUGAAAUGAAUUUUUUUAGUUUUGGCCUACAAGUUAUUACUAAAGAGAGAUGUAUUGGUUGCAAUAAUUAAAAAUAAAUGAAAUAUUGUUUAUGAUAUUUAUUUUAGUUCCUGCAUUUAGUUUCAAACUAAAGAUUUAACCUGGACUAGAGAUGGGCAAGGAAACCUAAAUGAACUGAACCAAGCCAAAACAAUUAAACCAUAUUGAACCGAAAUUGUUUAUAAAAUUUUUAGUUCUAUUAUGUUAACCAA